AUAUUCUGAAGCCAAUUCUGUACUGGAAAUAACUUUGAUUAAUGAGGAGAAAGCGGUUUGGCUGAUCAUGAUGCUUCUAUUUCUCUGCACAUGCAUGAGCUUCUCUCUGCUGACAGAAGUCUGAGAGCGUGCUACAAUGGCUAAGAUGGGAGCUGCUAUUAUGGUCUGCAUAGUGGUUUUGGCCCUGGAUGUCACUGCUGGCAUACUAGGAAUUGAGGCGCAGGCUGCUCAGAACAAGACUAAAAAGGUGACAGUUCUAUUCAUUCAAUGUGAGAAACCAGUGUACAAAGCAUACCAGCUUGGCCUGGCUGCUGCAAUUCUCCUGGUAGUUGCCCACGCAAUCGCCAACUUCCUUGGUGGCUGUGCCUGCAUCUGCUCUCAGCUGGAGUUCAUCCGGGCGUCCAUUAACAGGAAACUGGCAGCCGCCACUAUAAUUCUCUCAUGGAUUGCCCUGAUUGCCGGAUUCUCGCUGCUGCUCGCCGGUGCCAUGUCCAACUCCAAGUCCAAGACGUCAUGCGGGUUCACGCACGGCCACACCCUAGCCCUUGGUGGGAUCAUGUGCUUCGUCCACGGUGGGAUCACCGUCGCGUACUACGUCACCGCUACCGCUGCGGCGCACGAAGCUGUUUAGCUAGUGGCUGAGAGUUCAUCGGGUGCUCAGUGCAAUGCUUUUGGCCGGGAGAUCACCACAAUUCUUUCCUUUGUUGUUUCGUCUUCUCUAUUUGUGAUUUGGCAUUUGCAGAACAUAUAGUUAUGUCUUUGUACCGGAGUUAAAUGAAAAGGGAAAUAUACGCUUGUGGUUUGAUUUGUUGUCAUUACAGAAUUAA